CACAAUCAAGGGGGGCAACUUAAGGUGAUAAAAUCUUAGUACGGUUGUUUUUAGUGAAUAGCUAACUUUAAACAGCAUGGAAAAAAAUGCGUUUAGAUUUGGAACAUUACCUAGAAAAAAAAACUGAUGACAUUGCCAUUUGACAGAUGACCAGAUGAGGUACACACUCGCGGUCGCAGCGUAAUCUUAAUCGGCGUAUAUUUUAUUGUAAAUUAAGAUAUUUCGAAUAUUAUAAAUUAUCAGUGUGGUUAAUUAGAGAUAACUGAUACUGAACAUACAUAAGAGUUUAUUAGUUUUAAACUAACGUAUAGAUAAGAAGUCAUUUGUGUUUGUACCAUGGAAGAUAUAAAAAAUAUUCGUUUAACCCCUAUGCCAGAAUCUAAAUACGUAAAGCCGCUAAGGUUCCACUACACUCAGAAUGGAAAGGAAAAGAACUGGGAUCUACUGGCAGUUCACGACAGCGUGGCUAUCGUUAUUUACAAUGUUACGAGAAAAGUUUUGGUGUUAGUUAAACAGUUUCGUCCAGCCAUGCAUUUCAACAGCAUCCUCCCCGAAGACCGUGAGAAGGAAACAAUAGACAUUGAGAAGUAUCCUCCCUCUCUGGGACUGGCUCUUGAGGUAUGUGCUGGGAUUGUAGACAAGGAUAAAUCUGUGUUGGAUAUAGCCAUUGAAGAAGUUUUGGAAGAGUGUGGAUACAAUGUACCUGCGGACAAGAUGGAAAGGAUUAUCUCUUACAGGUCGGGAGUUGGUGUGCAAGCUGCUCUGCAGACACUCUUUUUCUGUGAAGUGUCUGAUGACAUGAAAACUGAACGCGGCGGAGGAGUUGAUGACGAACUUAUAGACAUUGUGGAGAUGACAAUUCCCGAGAUGGAAAAGUUACUGAGCUCCCCUGGACCUGUGCAGAGCCCGCCCAGCUUCCUGUUCGCCAUGAUGUGGUUCUUGCACAACAAGGCCAGCAAGUAUAUUCGGUCGUUCGACUACACUUGCUCUGAAUGCAAAAAGCACAAAGAACAAGUUUGGGAUUGGCUCAUACAGUGACGUAAGUCUACCCGUUAUACAGAAUCAUUUGUAAUUUGACGUGUACCUUAAAUGGGGUUCUAUAAUACGGCUAAGUUUCAAUGAUUUAAGCCCAGUCAACUAAGGGUCGCAGAUGAACGGCUCCCCUUUCAGGUAUAGGUCGAACUACUUUUUAUGUACAGAAGUUUUGGGAAAUUUCACAAGCAUUAAAAAGAUAUUUCCGUUUUGGAAAGUGAAAUCUUGUGAACUUUCCAAGAUCUUUUCAUGUAGAGAAUUUGGCAACUAAGGAAACUUUCCAUGAGUACAUCAGUAGUUGUAUUGCCGAAUCCAGUUACAAAUAAAUUAGUAGAACAUGUCCUAGUAAACUGCUUUUUAUGAUAGACAUGGUUCUCUAGGUACCUACAUUUAAUUUUUUACCAAUACAAACAUGAUCAUGGCAAUAUUUUAAUAACUCUUGCGAAUUGUGGACUUAAGCUCUGGUUUCCUAGGAUAACGGAGCUGUCAUAUAGCGGCCGUAAUAUUAAUAAUAUUACGGACGCAAAAAGAAUAUUCCUUCAAUCACCGCCAUCUAGGAAAUCGCGCAUUUUGUUUACAUAGACAACGUUCUAAAGACGUCAUUCAACCGCUGUAUGACCAGGGCUAUCACCGCGAAAAUCGAAGUUCGUCAUUUGCGGGCAUUUUUCUCUGUCACCCUAAUUACGUCUUAGUGAGAGUAAAAGAGAAAGAUCCCCGCAAUUUGCGAAUUUCGGUUUUCGCGGUAGGCCCCCAGAGCUUUAGCGAUUAUUUUAAUCAUGGUAGAAAAUCAAAUGUUUAAAAAUCGAUUGUCAUCAAAAACAAGUAAAAAAGCUCCAGGUACGAGUAUAUAGAAGUAAAUAAAUUAUUGUGCCUUAAAAUAACAAUUGAAUAUAGGUUAUUAGGUACGGUGUACUAAUCAGUUUCCAUUGUUUUGUAUAAUCAGAAAUAAAAUUAGCAUGAAGUAUUCGACAGGGCAAAUUAGAACUUAAUCACCUAUAUGUAUGACCUAGUUACGAGUAAAUGACUUGUAUUUAGUUACUUUAAAUCAGUGAAGCUGAUUGUAGUUCCUAUGUAAGAUGCGUACGAAAAAAACUUCAGUAUUUUAAUAGUUUCACCAUAUGUAUAAUGCGGUCACAAACAUCCUUGUAUCCAUCCUUAUAAGCUUCCACCUUUAUAACAGUAGUAUAAUUACACUAUUUAUUAGAUUCGUAUUAGGUGUACGUGAAAUAUGCAGCAGAGAUGCCUGACUCCCGUCUGCAUAGGUACAUACAAACAACUUAGGGGGUCGGACGUCUCGGCAGAUCACUGUGUAUUCAGCAGCAGAAGUAGGUAAACAGGCAAGGUGUUUAAACUUCACACUGCGCACGCUCUUGUUCCUUUAGUAAUAAAUAAUAAAUAAAUAUUUGGGGACAAUCUUACAUAGAUCGACCUAGCCCCAAACUAAGCAAAGCUUGUACUGGGCGACGAUAUACAUACGUAUAUAGAUAAAUACAUACUAACUUAUAUACAUAAAAAAAACACCCAUGACUCAGGAACAAAUAUCUGUACUCAUCAUACAAAUAAAUGCCCUUACCGGGAUUCGAACCCAUAACCAUCGGCUUCAUAGGCAGGCUCACUACCCACUAGGCCAGACCAGUCGUCAAAAUAAAGGACCAAGGUCAUUUUGAACACCCUCUCCGGUUAGCUACUUCUACUGCUAAAUUUACAUAUUAUGUUUUCUCAUUUUGUCAAACGAUUACCUACCAUUCAGUGUUGGCUGAAGCGUUAAUGCAAUUGACCAUUAAAAAUUGAACCGUAAACUGUCACCGUCCGUUACGGUUUACGGUUCAAUUUGUAAUGGUUAUUUGUCAAUUGCGAUUAACGUUGGGCCAACACUGCUACCAUUUUUGUAGUAUUUGGUGUUUUAUUAUGAUUUUACGUAAAAUUUGAAGUAAUAGUAGUAAUACGUACCUAUGUUUUAUUUACGUUUAAUAAGUAAUUAAGGCCUUAUCCCUCACCCACACUUUCGCAAGCAAAAAAAAUUCACGAUUUUUUCAAUGGUUGUUUGCUAUUAUGUAACAAUUUUACAUUUAUUAUUCAAGCGGAAGCCCUUUUUAAUACCUUUGUAAUUUAUAAAAUCCUUAAAUUUAUCAUUCUCUUUGCAGAACAAUAGAAGAAUAUAGCUCAUACACCUUUUAUCCUAAAACAUGUUAAUUUUAUUCUUUUAAUCUAUUGUUAUUUAUAGUUAUAAAUGCAUAAUUUAAAACUGUGAUUAUUGUUAUGUGUUUCUGAAAUAUGAAAUUGUUACUAUGGAA